AUGAAGGGUGAUGAUCCAAAUCUGUGUGGACCAGAGCACACCAUUGAGAAGUACGAUUCUGCCAUUGACCACCUCCAGACUGAAAAUACAUCAGAAGGAGUGAAGUUCAGUAAACUAGAGUCUACAGAAGUUGCCAAAAGAAUAGUUGCCAAGUAUCCACACUCCCUGAAAGACGUCAUAGAAGGUGAGGAAGUGGGAGCAGGAUAUCACUCACUAGUUGAACAGCUACAAGCCCGCAUUGACAACAUGAAGCGGCCUUCAACACCAAGGAUAAAGAGGCGCAAACGGGAAUCAGGUGACUCCGACACAGAUGGAAUCCCAGCUGAGCAAAGGGCGGUUAUUCAGGACACAUAUGGCUGCAUAAAGUGGAAUUUGAAGUUCAUGCCAGUCAGUGAGACACUGGAAAGCCAACAGGAAAAGAAGGAUAAAAUGAAGAUGCUUCGUGAACAGCGUACCUUCAGUCCAGAAGAGGUAAAAGCUCUUAUGGAGUGCACUUACUACUCCCAACGUAAAGCAAUACACACAGGAACAGAUCUCCAAUGCCUAAUGGAGGAAUGGCCUUUUUUUUUUGAAGAAAUUGGGAUGACCGUCCAUUUCCUAGAGCUCACAGGACUACCACUUAAGGAGACUUUCCUCAAUCGUGUAGAAAAAAAGGGGAAAUGGCUUUUGAACUUUAUGACAACUGUUUGUGCAGACAAGAGCAAACGCGUCUUGGAGACUGUAACAAAACUGAAAUUUCUGAGAGGACCGUUGGAGGGCAGCUCAGGUGACAUCAAGGAUAUGGUGCUUCUUCUUCUCUCCUAUUUCAAUGAAAAAAAGGAGAACCUCUUCCACUACGUAGAGGAGACAUGCCUGGCAAAUGAAGUGCACGUGGAAAGCUUGCCUGUGACACCUUGCAUCAUUGUAUGUGGAACCUCCUGCUAUGCUGCAAGGCAGUUCAUGCUCAGCAUAGACGGCAAGAUGUUUGGAAGCUACUACUGCCUGAAUAUCCACUAUCCAGUAGACCUGGGUUCCACACUUGAGCUCCUUCAGAGCUUCAAGAUGAGCAAAACCGAGAGAAAUUGGAGAAUCCCUGACAUCACCUGAAGCCAUGGCCAGGCUUGCAGAGAAGUAAAAGAAGAGAAUGGCAAAACAAUCCAAAGAGGGCAAAAACAUCAAGAAGACAGCACAGAAACCAACAGGAAGAGCAAGCCAAAUUGCAGGGCAACCCAUGCUUUGCCAUUGAUAAAGAUAUAUAUUAUGCUGUAAUGUAAUGACAAAAUUUAACAUGUUGAGUGGUUCUUCCUCUGUG